AACUCUCUGAUAUGCAUCUUCUAUUUUACCUUACAAUUCUACUGGGUUCCUGCUCACCAUCAAAAACUGCACAUAUCAAUGUCACAAACGCAAACACCACUAAUGAGAACGGAACAAAUGUGAUAGAAACAGUAGAAGAUAUCGAUGAUCAUAUUAAAGAAUUGAAGACGGAUGAUAAUAAUAUUGAUGAUAAAGCAGCACAAAUGAAGGCGGAUGAGAUAGAUGAGAAAGCAGCACAAAUCGAACUAUUAAGGCAAGAGAAAGAAGAUCUAUACAUGCAAAUCAACAAAGCUAUCGAUGAAGCUAUACCAGAACUAGAAAAAACUAAUGAUACAGACGCAAUAGCUGGCCUUGAAAAUUUAAAAAAAUUAAAAAAGCAGAUAAAAGAAAUACAUGAAGCUGCCAGUGACGAGGAUGUAGAUCCUAGAAACAUCACUGAUUUCAGACGAAAGAUAUCAUUGAACAUUGAUAGGAGAGGGAAAGAUGAUUGGAAGAAAAAGAAUAGUCAGACGGAGUUUUACAACAAACUGAUGAAGAGUAAAGACAAGAAGUAUACCAGCUUGCCGAGGAUACUGAACAGACAGAAGAUUGCGGAGCAGAUACAGAUAUGGCUGCUGAAACAACAGGAGGAGAAAAAGAAGAUCAGAGAAUUGAAAGUGAAAGUGACGAUGGAUUUCGAGCGCUGCCCGAACACGGGCAAGGGCAAUGAGAGGAAGAAGAAAAUAAAAGGCGGCGGCAAGAGGACCAAGUUCCACUACUUCCCGUGCUGCAGGAAGUGCUGCAAGAGAUCUUACCUGGGCUGCUUAUAAUAAAACACAUUGUUAAAAUAAGCAAAAAUAAAUUUACGUACUAAAAAAAUGUAAAUGAAAUCAACCCACUCCAGACGGUAACCACAUAUAAUCUCUCACUACUCUCAGUAUUCUUAUAGAGGAAGAAGACAGUAAAAGGCGGCGGCAAGAGGGUUAAGUUCCUACUUCCCGUGCUGCGGGAAGUACUGCAAGAGAUCUUACUUAGGCUGCUUAUAAUAAAACACAAUGUUAAAAUAAGCAAAAAUAAAUUUACGUACUAAAAAAAAUGUAAAUGAAAGUCAACCCAUUCCAGACGGUAACCAUUUUCAAUCUCUCACUACUCUCAGUAUUCUUAUAGAAGAAAGAAGGAAGUAAAAGGCGGCGGCAAGAGGGUUAAGUUCCACUACUUCCCGUGCUGCAGGAAAUGCUGCAAGAGAUCUUACUUAGGCUGCUUAUAAUAAAACACAUUGUUAAAAUAAAAAAAUAAGGAAACAUUUAUUUUCCAAAAAAGUCAACCCACUCCAGACGGUAACCAUUUAUAAUCUCUCACUACUCUCAGUAUUCUUAUAGAGGAAGAAGGAAGUAAAAGGCGGCGGCAAGAGGGUUAAGUUCCACUACUUCCCGUGCUGCAGGAAAUGCUGCAAGAGAUCUUACCUGGGCUGCUUAUAAUAAAACACAAUGUUAAAAUAAGCAAAAAUAAAUUAACGUA